AAGGCAUGUGGUGGCUCACACAAGUGUGAAAAAGCAUUUAAACAUCCUGCCCACACGUGAACAAAAAUACACUAAUAGAAAAUUGUUCUCUUAAACAGUAUGACAUGCUGGAACCCGAAGACCACAGUGACUUCACUGAGAAGUGAGCACUUACUCUGAGCAUGCGAAGACCAAGACUAAGGCCACUCCUACUCCACAUUUGUCUACCGGUUUUGAGAAGAGUGCAGUCAGUGCUUGCCUUCCAUCUUCCACUCUUCUCUCCAUCAUCUGUCCUCCAGAUACACUCCAGUUGCAGGGAUGGCGGAGCUGGAGGGCUUGGAGUUUGGAAAGUCAGACUUUGUGCUUCUAGAUGAAGUGACUAUGGAGCAGUUUAUGGAGAAUUUGAAGUUGAGGUUUGAGAAGAGUCGUAUCUACACCUUCAUUGGAGAAGUAGUGGUGUCCGUUAACCCUUACAGACAUUUGGAUAUCUAUGGGAAGGAUGUCAUUGAGGACUACAGGGGAAGAGAACUGUAUGAGAAUCCACCUCACCUCUAUGCUGUUGCAGAUGCAGCUUAUAAAGCCAUGAAAAGACGAGCCAAAGACACAUGCAUUGUUAUUUCAGGUGAAAGUGGAGCAGGCAAGACCGAGGCAAGCAAAUAUAUUAUGCAAUACAUUGCAGCGAUCACCAACCCUAGCCAGAGGGCAGAGGUCGAGAGUGUGAAGAACGUGCUCCUGAAGUCCAAUUGUGUGUUAGAGGCGUUUGGAAAUGCAAAGACCAACCGCAAUGAUAACUCCAGUCGUUUUGGGAAAUACAUGGACAUCAACUUCAACUUUAAUGGAGAUCCUACGGGAGGACACAUCAACAAUUACCUGCUGGAGAAAUCAAGAGUUGUUCAGCAGCAAGAAGGAGAAAGAAACUUCCAUUCAUUUUAUCAGUUGUUACGAGGAGGGUCUGAUGAUUUGCUCAAGUCCUUAUAUCUACAGAGAGAUCCUGCUGAAUAUACCUACACCAGUCAAGGAGCUUCUGUCACACUUGCAUCCAAUAAUGACUCCCAAUGUCAUAAAGCUGUGAUGGCAGCAUUAAAGGUGAUUGGCUUUACUGCUGAAGAAAUCAGCUCCAUCUACAAGACCCUCAGUACCAUCCUACACCUGGGUAACCUUCAGUUUACGAGUGAUGGCGAACAUGUCGUGCUGGUUGGAGAAGACAUGCUGAAAAACAUUUCUGAGUUGACGUCCACAGAGCCUGAGAACACAAGAAAAGCAUUGCUGUAUCGCACAGUGGCUACUGGGGGUGGAGAGGUCAUUGAAAAAGGACACAGCGAGCAGGAAGCUAGCUAUGGAAGAGACGCUUUUGCCAAGGCUUUAUAUGAGAGGUUAUUUGCAUGGAUUGUUGGUCGGAUCAAUGGCGUUAUUGAAGUAAAAGACUACAAUCCUGCCCUCCACGGGAAGAACACUGUUAUUGGUGUGCUGGACAUUUAUGGCUUUGAGAUCUUUGACAAUAACAGUUUUGAACAGUUUUGCAUUAACUACUGCAAUGAAAAGCUACAGCAGCUCUUCAUUGAGCUAAUUCUGCGACAGGAGCAGGAGGAGUACCAGAGAGAGGGAAUCACGUGGCAACAUAUCGAAUACUUUAACAAUCAGAUCAUUGUGGAUUUAGUGGAGCAGCCUCAUAAGGGGAUUAUCUCUGUUCUGGAUGAAGCCUGUCUCAUUGCAGGGAAAGUCACAGAUACAGUUUGCCUGGACAGCAUGAACAAAAAGCUGGGCCAGCAUCCUCACUACACCUCCCGGAAACUCUGUCCCGCUGACAAGACUAUGGAGUUCAAUCGAGAUUUUCGUAUCCGACACUACGCUGGAGAUGUAACGUACUCAGUUGAUGGCUUUCUUGAUAAGAACAAGGACCCGCUUUUUCAAGAUUUCAAGCGACUGAUGUACAACAGUUCUGACCCCGUUCUCAAAGAAAUGUGGCCUGAUGGGAAAAUGAGUAUUACAGAGGUGACCAAACGGCCUCUGACAGCCGCUACACUCUUCAAAAACUCUAUUAUUGCUCUAGUCGACAAACUGGCUUGUAAGGAGCCUUACUAUGUGCGCUGUAUAAAGCCGAAUGAGGUGAAGUCUCCCCUGCUGUUUGAUGAUGGACGCUGUCAGCACCAAGUGGCAUAUCUGGGACUGCUGGAGAAUGUCCGUGUGCGUCGAGCUGGAUUUGCCUACCGACAGCCUUAUGCACGCUUUCUGCAGAGGUACAAGAUGACCUGUGAGUACACGUGGCCUAAUCACCUGAUGAGCACUGAUCAGGAGGCUGUGGAGGCCAUAGUGAACCAGCAUGGCUUUGAGGAUGAUGUUGCGUACGGCCUCAACAAAAUUUUCGUCAGGACCCCUCGCACACUCUUCACCCUGGAGCAAGAGAGAGCCGCGCUCAUCCCCAUAUUAGUGCUGUUCUUACAGAAGGUUUGGCGAGGUGCAUUAGCACGUAUGCGAUGUCGAAAAAUAAGAGCAAUUUAUACUAUAAUGGGUUAUUAUAAAUGCUAUAAAGUGAAGGCUCACUUCUGGGAAGUGGAGAGACGUUUUGCUAGCGUUCGAAACAUGGCAGACUAUGGGAAGAGUGUGGAGUGGCCAACACCACCUGCAGCCCUGGCACAGUUCCACAGAAUUACACAACACCUGUACCGCCGAUGGUGGGCAAGGCAGCUGAUCAAAAACAUCCCCCCAUCUGACAUGGCUGAGGUGAGGGCAAAAGUAGCUGCUUUUUCAGCUCUGAGCGGGGAGAGAAUGGACUGGGGCUACAGCCGUUCCUGGGAGAGAGACUACUUGGCCAAUGCUAAAGACUCUCCUCUGAUGAGCUCCAACUUUGUUCGCAUCACUAAAGAGCUGAAGAACAAAGACCAGUAUGGACAGGUCCUCUUCUCAUCCGCUGUCAGGAUGCUCAACUGGUUCAACAACACAAAGGACAGAGCUCUACUCAUCACCGACAAACAUAUUUACAGACUGGAGCCCAAAAAACACUUUAAAGUGCAGAAACGGAUAGCGCUUGAUUCGGUGGUUGGUUUAAGCGUAACAAGUGGCAGCGACCAGUUGGUGGUGCUACACACUGCCACUCAAGAUGACUUUCUAGUGCACCUGCAGAGGGGUCAACUAAAUCCAAAUCAAGAUCGCGUAGGAGAGUUGGUGGGCGCCAUUACAGACCACUUUACACGAGUGAAGAGUACUCCUCUGCCAGUGAAAGUGUGCUCCACUGGACUCCAGGUACAAAUGGGCGGCAAACCAAAAAGCAUCACUGUAGAGACCAAACCAGGACAGACAAUCUCAGACUUCAAGAAAAGUCGAACGGGAUUUACCUUACUCCUGCCCCAGUAACCUUCAGGGCUUCGCAGGAAAUGGUAUAAAACAGUAUUCACCCAUUCAAUAAGAGAUGGGACCAUGACUGCCUUAGAUUUUACUUAAUAAUAUAGGACUGGAUAUUUAAAAGUAUUGCCAUAUUAAGCAAUGCACUUUGUUGUUUUAAUAGAGUGCUAUAUUUUUUUCAGUGAUUGCAUAUUUUUGUAGGCCAACCAUUUACAUCAGGGGUCUCAAACUCAAUUUACCUGGGGGCCGCAGGAGGCAAA